UAGAAAGUUAAAAUUGGACUGUUCGAUUGUUGCGAGCUUCGAGAUUUUGUUGGCUGAGUUCACUACAUACACACACACACAUUGAAUUCGGAGGCUAUAAAAAAUCACUAUGGGUAAUAAAGUUGCCACAUUCACAGAACAACAGUUGGAUGACUACCAGGACUGCACAUUUUUUACGCGGAAGGAAAUUUUGCGCGUUCACAAGCGUUUUCGUGAGCUGCGUCCGGAUUUGGUGCCGCGCCAAAUGACGGAGGGCCAGGCGUCCAGUGUCAAGGUGCCGUGCGAGUGCAUUGAGAAGAUGCCCGAACUGCGCGAGAACCCCUUCCGGCGGCGCAUCUGUGAGGCCUUCUCGCGCGACGGCCAAGGCAAUUUAUCCUUCGAAGAUUUCCUGGACGCAUUGUCCGUGUUCAGCGAGCAGGCGCCAAGGGACAUUAAAGUUUUUUAUGCCUUCAAAAUUUACGAUUUUGAUCAGGAUGGCUUCAUUGGUCACGGCGACCUCAUGUCUUGCCUCACCACCAUGACGAGGAACGAGCUGAGUCCGGAGGAGCAUCAACAGAUUGCCGAUAAGGUAAUGGAGGAGGCGGACGUGGACGGUGAUGGGAAAUUGUCAUUUCUAGAAUUCGAGCAUGUCAUACUGCGUGCCCCGGACUUUCUCUCCACCUUUCGCAUACGCAUCUAA